AUGAGAGUACUUCAGGGAUCCGGACGCGGUUACGUUUGGGUGAGACAUAAAUCGGCGACAUAUGUGAGCGUAUACCUCACCACGAACGACCGGAUAGACGACUUCCAGACCAAAUUAGACGAUCUGCAAGACGCACUGAGGGAAAGGCAAGGGGAUCUCAUCGUGGCAGGUGACCUCAACGCCAAAGCUCUCGAAUGGGAGGAGACCAGGCCGGACUCCAGAAGAGGACGAAUCAUGGAGUUGGUGUCGACACUACAGCUAUCAGUACUCAACACAGACUUGACAUCAACCUUCGAUAGGCCUGGCUACAGAGAAACAAUUCCGGACGUCUCUCUAGCCAAUGAACAACUGGUGGCAAGAGUCGGAGGCUGGCAAGUAAUUGAGGAUUAUAGCGGGAGCGACCAUCAGUACAUCCUCUUCGAUGUACACGAUAGGAGGCCAACCGUGACAACUCCAGUAAGACCCCCCCGGUGGAUCAUUGCAAAAAUGGAUCGAGAGAGGCUGUCUUCGGUCUUAAAUGAAGGAUGGAGAUCCCUUCAAAUUGCUUCCGCGAGUCUAUCGCCACAUGCGCAAUCCAGGACGAUUACUGCAGCAACUAUGCAGCUCAUCCAAAAGGCAUGCACGAUAGCGGUGCCAAAGACGAAAAAAAAAUGGCAAAGUCGUCCUGCAUACUGGUGGACGAACGAGAUCGCAGAUCUACGUAAGAAGUGUUUAAGUCUCCGCCGUGUAGCACAGCGAGCAAAUAGACGCGACCUCGACGCUGCUCCCUUGGCUGCAGGGUAUCAGGCGGCCAAAAAAAGCUCACAAGAGGUCCAUCAAGGCCAGGCAACGUCGGUGCUGGAAGGAGCUGUACUUGGAAAUCGAUCAAAAUUCGUGAGGAUUAUGGUAUCAGAUCGUCACAAUUAA